GACAUUGUGCUCCUGUUCUGUUACUCUUGGUAACACUGGCGGGCGGAUAUGACGUACCAGGAAGUAGGCGCUUGAGCUCAGGGGUGAGGCUCGGUAAUGUGCUGGGCUUUCGGUGCUGUGUGUGACGUACCAUUGCACUAGUGAGACGACGGCUGCUGGGAUGAUUUAGCUGUGUGGGCACUUAUGUGGAAAUAUUCCUAUACUCCGAGGCUGGAAGCAAAGCCUUCCGAAGUCUUGUCAUGGCAUGGUACUGGAGAGACUGUAAAAUGUGGUGGAAGCAUGACCUUUUUUUGCAGGAGGUUGUACACUUCUCUCUUUGGUGCCGGGGCCUCACCCUUUUAUUGCAGGUUGCGUUCAAUCUCUUGAUACCAGAUCACAAUGCUGAUGCCUUUUCUCCACCUAGACUUGGACCAAGUGGUCUUGGUGACCACGCAGUUGAGCUGUUUUUUGGUGGUUUAGGACGAUGGGAUGCAGAACAUUUCCUAUUUAUUGCGGAGCAUGGAUAUGUCUAUGAGCACAAUAUGGCGUUUUUCCCCCUACUUCCACUUAUGAUUGGAGGUCUUGCACGAGGACCACUUCUGCCAUUGGCCGGACUGUUGAGAUUGCGAAGCCGAUUGCUGAUUUCCUCUGCCCUUCUAAACGGUGUUUGUUCGACCCUGGCGGCUGUGUCGUUAUACCGACUUGGAUGUGUGACUCUGCAAUCACGUCGUUCAGCAUUCCUUGCUGCACUUCUUUUUUGUAUGAGUCCAGUGUCCAUUUUCAUGACUACUGCCUACUCUGAGAGUCUCUAUGCACUGGCUACCUUCGCUGGGUUGUGGCAGCUACAGAAGCAUAGAACGCUAUGUGGCUCUGUGUUUUUCUUGGCUGCCUCUGCUGCACGUUCCAAUGGACUGGUUAACGCUGGCUUCUUGCUGCACUCGGCAGUGAAGGCAGUUGUGCAGAGGAAAGGUAACUGCGGGCAGUUGAUGAAGACUGCAUAUGGGAUUCUUUUGAUUAUUCUGCCUUUUGCUCUCUUCCAAAGUUUUUGUUAUGCCAGAUCUUGCCUCGACUAUGGAAAUGAUCCAAUACCUCAAGAACUUGUACAACUAGCGAUGGAAAAGGGCUACCGUGUCCACAAGGAACAGAUUCCUGCAUGGUGCUCAUUUACGUUUCCACUAGCAUAUUCACAUAUUCAAAGUGAAUACUGGGAUGUUGGACUUCUUCGAUACUUCAAGUUACAGCAGCUGCCCAACUUUCUGCUGGCUUUACCCGUUCUAAUUCUGAGCAUAUCUGCAAUAUUGGAAUACACAUCUUGUAAUCUAGAGCUAUGCGGAACACUGGGUUUGUGUAAAGUGCAGAGCAAACACGCAAAUGGAUUCUACGGACCUCAAGUGUUUGUGUAUGUGGCACAUCUCGCAGCACUAACAGGGUUUGGAUUCCUGUGUAUGCAUGUGCAGGUGCUGACAAGGCUCCUCUUCUCUUCUUGCCCUGUGCUCUUCUGGUUCUGUUCACAUGUGCUGCUCAAGAAUGAGCUAUGGAUUUGGGGUCUCAAGAAAGGUAAAACGACCUCCAACGCAGCCCUCCAAUUACUUUUCGCCUGGCCUUCACUUCAACAAGGGACGAAGAUCAUUCUUGGUUAUUUCUUAGGAUACUGGGUGAUUGGCACAGCAUUACAUGUGAACUUUCUGCCAUGGACAUAAUGGGCAAAAUUUCGGAGGGGGUAUUUUGAACACUGUAAAUUAUGUGGAUGAACUCCAUAAAAUUAGACUGUAAAUAAAAGGUGUAUAUUUG